AUGCAGCAAGGAGUGCAGAGUGAACCAUCGGAGUUGCCCGGUAACAUUGGCAGUUACGGAAUGUUCGGUGGAAAUGGUGGCCACACCAAUACCGGCAACCGUAGACGACCGACGAGAACGAGCGAACUGCUGCUGCUAGCUUUAACCGUGCUGAUGUUGAGCGUUACGAGCGUUACUGCCACGACCCAGGCCGCAGGAUCGAACACCAGCGAGAGCAUCCUUCAUGUCCAGGCCCAACCAGCCAACGCCAGCUCGUCCACCGGUCGGGCGAUGUUCUCGACCGGAAAUCGGCUUUGGGAUGCCCUGAUCGCAGAGUGCAUGCGUAAACCGACGUUCGCCUGCAUCCAGAAGAACGUGUACAGCUUCCUCGGUGAACAGCUCGAGGUGGAGAACGUCAAUUUCACGAACCGCGUGCAAUUCCUACGGAACCGGGUCGAUUUCACCAAGUACACGCGUGAGGCGAACGAACCGGACAGCGACGAUGUGGACGAAAACGAGAUCCCGGACGCUCGUGGGGCAUUCGAGCCAUCCUCCCCGAUCGAAGAAGUCACGACGGCGCUACGCGACAAGAGCCUCAAAUUCAUGCUAACCCACGACGUCAGCAUCAAGAUGCCGGAGGUCAUGUUCGAUGGUGCCAUCUUCCGCAUCCAGCCACGCUCGAUCGAGGGCAACGGGAUGAUCGCGAAGCUUGAACUUGUCCCACGUACCGAACUUGCCGAAGCACGUGGAACCGGCACACCGAGGAUCCUCUUCAAGAAGAUCAAGAAAUUCUUCCAGAACAAGCUGUUGCUCGCGUUCCUCGCAAUCGUGCUCGUCAUCAAGAUCAUCAAGAUCAAGGUGAUGUGGCUGUUGCCGCUGUUGGUCGGUGUCGGAACGGCCAAGAAGCUGGUGCUGAAGUUCCUGCUGUUCCUGUUCCCGGCCCUGGCGCACAUCUUCAAGCUCUGCUCGUACUAUCACGCGUCCUACCACAAACCGAACUUCCACCAUCACCAGCACCACAUCAACCACCUGCACACGUUCUACCCCCACGAACACGCCACUCCGGAGCUGAUCUACACGAAACCCCCACGUGGCCACCCUUCGGAGUACCUUCAUGGGGCGCCUGUUCCACCCCACACACACUACCAGCCGGAAGUGAACUAUGAGUUUACAGCGCCCGGUCUGGGCUCAGAGUUCAUUAGCGAUAGAAACUCGAACGUAGAGACGUCGUUCAAGCCAAAGUACGAUGACUUGAACGAUAUCAAAGCAUGGGGGUUGGGCGAAAGCACAAAUACAUCAGCACCACAAUCAUCGCCAUACUUCACCUCACCGUCCGCCUCCACGAACGGUGCCGCCGGCGGCAGCGGCAGCUACAAUGUAAAUCCACUCACGCAGCACGCCAGCAGGAUUCAAAGCCCGAAGCCGGUGUACGGACCACCAGGAUACUCGUCAUCCGCCCAGAAACGCAUUCCGACCGGAGCGGCCACCUCGAUAGCGGCCCAGUACGUGUCAGCACCCUCGGGACCGACGCAGUCUGCAGAAGAACAGAUCAUUCGUGAAGCCCAGCGGCAGGAAGCUUACAGGAUAGCGCAGGAGCAGAAGUUAAUUUCGAAGCAGCAGGCGAUCGUGAACCAGCAGGCGUACGUGCAGGAGGGCGUUACACCGCGACCCGUGGAUGCGUUCUACAGCCCGAUCCUGCAGCGACUCGAUAAGGUGUUCAACACACUCGGCAUCGUUGAUGAAAGCUGCCGGGAGCGGCUCGUCUGCAGCAUGUACAAGAACCCGGUCAAGUACAGCCCGCACAGCAACUACGUGUCGGCGGAACUCAGCAGAGACGCUUCGGAACUGCAAAAACCAACAUCGACAAACGCAGCCGUCGUGCGAUUCUACCGAUACGUCCAGGCAGCCCGAGACGGCCAGGAUCAGCGGGACUGCCAGCGGCUCUACUCCCAGUGCACGAUCAACAUGGAGAAAAAGAAAAAGAAGAAGUGA